GGCAUCUGUCUCGGUGAUAGAAUAAACAGUGUGCAGCACGGCUUUGAAUCUAACGCAAACAGUAAACGACAUCUGAAAAUUGUGGAUAAUCCAAGGAAAAAUAAAGAAACAGUUCGCUCAAUAUCGUGAAAGAAAGAGUGAGAUGUAAAGAGUAAUACAAAGUCAAGUCAUCUGAGAAAGACUUGAGGUCCGGGAUAUAGCGGGAAGUAUGAUGCAAGGAGAAAGGAAUAUUGUGCUGCUCUUUGCAGUUGGCAUUUUGAGGAAUACAUACGCAAACAACCAAUGUCCAGAUUUGGUAGCAGGACCUAAUAUGAAAUUGUCGGAGACUGUUGGAUGGGUCGGCGACCAGCCGGUGACGGUCACGUGUUCGGAAGGUUAUGUGCUAGAUACAUUGAAUCUACAGAAGAAUAUUACAUGUAUAGCUGGACUGACCGGAGCAGCCUGGAGCGGAACGAUUGGCGCGUGCAACAAGAAAGAGUGUGCUGAUAUAGAGACCGUAACUGGACAAAAUAUGGUAGUUACUGACCAGGACAGCGAUCACUACUAUUUUGGGGACAACGUAACUGUUGAAUGUGCAGAAGGUUAUGCAUUCAAUGUUGACCUUACAGAAGAAACAGAUAGAGUUACUGUACAGAAAGUUAUCUAUUGUGAAGAGGAUGACAAUUCAACAUAUGGGAAAUGGACAAAAGCUGGAAACUGUGAAUUAAUAUCCUGCGACACGCCACCAACUCUAGCAAUGUCUGUAAUGGUAAACAGCAACACAACUUUUAAUGCCACCACGGUGUACCAGUGUUUGUCAGGCUAUGGAUUCUCAACUAACACAUUCCACCUGACUGCCACAUGUAACAGUUCAGCACAGUGGAGCAGUACGUUCGGACAAAGGACAGAUCUUGACACCCUGAAGUGUACAAAACUGCGGAAGUACAUUGGCUGUCGUAAUAAUGGAAGCAUGGUAUCGUUAUCAGAGACGAAAGUUAUUAAUAACGGUGUUAAUUUUUGUAUAGACCAUUGCAAGGAUGAUCAUAAAAGAUUUGCAGCUUUGCAUAACGACACAUGUUCGUGUGGCAAUGAACUACUGGAAGGUAAUGUUACAGACGGUAAUUCUCAAUGCAAUUUGUUGUGUCCAGGCUAUGAUGUUUCUAAACCCUAUCAACAUGUAUUUUGCGGGGGAUCAGCAGGACAAGUUGCAGUUUACGCAACAUUGGAUGGGUGCUAUCACUCCGUAAACCUGGCAGCAACCGAUGGACCAGAGUUUGUUACCGAAGAUGUAGAUCUCACUUGUAGAGAAAGAUGUCGUGGCAAGGGCUUUUCUCAUGCGGCUUUGCAACAAAUGCAUGAUUGCUACUGCUUAAACACAACUAGUAUAUCUGCCGUAGAGACUGAUACCAACAAAUGUCAAAAUAAAACAUUCUAUAACACUACUCAAAUUUAUGAUCUUGCUCGUAAAAGUGUGUAUUUGGAGACAUGUAGCGAGCUCUUCUCUGCUGGAGUAAGGAUGAACGGGGACUACUUUUUUAAAGACAAGGACGAAAAAGAGACAUGCCUAUUCAAAGACGGUACUGUCUGUGACGAAGGAUGGAUCGGGUUCGACGGGUAUUGUUAUCACUUCAACAACGAGUCCACGAUGAACUUUGAAGACGCAAAACAUUAUUGUAUUUCCCUUGAGGCUGAUCUAGUAUCUAUAACGUCAACACCAGAGUUUAAUUUUUUGCAAGAAACACGCGACACUUUCAGUGACCUUUGGACAGAUUCCUCUGAUACUGCAUGGUGGCUAGGCUUGGUAGAUAUACAGAACACAUCUCUCUAUAUGUGGGUUGAUGGAAGUAUCAGCACAUUCUCUAAUUUCCAUGAGGUGCCGAAAGAUAUAAACAAAUAUGUAGCGGGAGAUGAUGUUACACUGGAAUACAAGUGGUUGGAGAUGAAAAGCAAUGAAAAUCAUAACGUCAUGUGUAAGAAACCUACUGAAGGACCACACUGUGCCACUAUACCGGCAUCUUCACCAGACUACACCCUAGUCCAUGACACCAUGUCAGUAAGCUACUGUGUACAGAUCUGUAAAGGACAACAGCUGCAAUAUGCUCUCAUACAAAACUACACUUGUAACUGUGUUCAUGUGCUGCCGGCUUUAAAUGCCGUUGCGAAGAAUAUUUGCAUAUCUGAAUGUCCCGGUAACAGAUUCCAAUAUUGUGGCGGAGACCUAAACACGUUCUCUGUAUUAAAUGUGAGUAAGAAGCUGGCAGCUAGAUCUUGUGAAGAACUUCAACUGGUUGGAAUCGACAAUAACAUAUUUCUGCUCCAAGAGGACGAUACGAGCAAUCUAAAGUAUUGUGAUGUAGCAGCUUGUCCCUUUUCUUGGAUAUUCAUAAAUGGAUCUUGCUACAAGUAUAUGCUGUAUGACAAGAAAAUUAAAGAUGCAAUAGAAAUGUGUGCGACAGAAGAUGCAUAUAUGGUAACCAUAGAAACAAAGGAUGAAAUUGAAGAUGUUAUAAAUGCCGCUAAUAAUAUAAGUUUAUACAGUUCUGUAAGCACUUGGAGAGUCGGACUUCUGGCACUGUCACUGAAUGGUGGAAUUUUUAGGUGGUCGAAUGGAAAGAUCGUUAGUCUUGACUACUGGAAUAAUAAGGCAACCGGGCUUGAGGGCACAGUUGUAAGGGUACUGGCUUCAAACUAUAGACAAUGGGAAGCCAAAAGCGCGAGUAAAGAUGUCACACAGUUUAUCUGCGAAAAGUCUACAGAUUAUAAGGGUUGUUUCGCUAAAACAGGUUUAGUUGGGAAUGUUUCAAUACAUGAAUAUAACAGUAUGACAAUACAACAGUGUGUUGAGAUUUGUAGAGUAAACUCUAGAAAGUAUGCGUUUCUGAAUAGCACGAGCUGCUUGUGUGAAACGAGUCUUACGUCUGAACGUAAAGGCAAAUGCACCAGUGUAUGUAGUGGACAAGACAAUCAAAUAUGUGGAGGGUCUGACGUUAUGUCAGUUUAUGACGUUGAUCAAUUUCCACCUUUUGCCAGUAACUGUUCAGAAUUAUUUCGUGCUGGAAUAUUCCUGUCGGGAAGGUAUAUGUUAUCCGGAACAGAACAAGUUUGCAAUUUUACAGAUGGCACAACCUGCAAUGAUGACGACUGGAUUGGCCUUCGUGGAGACUGCUACAAAUUCUUUCCAAAAGGACAAACAUCACAUUUUCAGACCUGCCGGGAAAAUAAUGCUGUUCAAACAUCAUUGACAACUGUCGAUGAAUAUGACAUGUUGGUGGAAUAUGUAAGAAGAAUUAAUUUCCAUGGGGGAAAUGCUCGAGUUUUUACAGGUAUAACCCAUGGUGGCUAUGAUUUAGAUGUUUUUAUCAGCGAUGAUGGCUUUCUGACAGAAUACAAUCUGACAGCAAACGGGCACCUGUUGCACUUGGAUCUGCAUGAUACAUACGGCCACAUCUCAUUCUAUAUUGACCACAGUCACAAACAUAACACUGAUCGAGGUGUCAUCUGCAAAGAUGAUAAAUAUGUAAUUGGCUGUUACGAAAAACCAUCUAGUUUUCUACCAGUUCUUGAAGACUUUGGUUCUGUAGAAUUGACUCUCUGUCGGCAGUUGUGUGUUGGAAAUGGGAGCAACAUAACUCUAGUUGGUUAUGAUUUUUGCGCGUGUGCAACAGAGGCUGAAUUGCAUUCGUUUACAUCAACAGCUGGAGCGGGAUGUGAAGUCCAUUGCAAAAUGCCUAAAAACCAAUUGUGCGGGAAUGGAUCGACAAUGUGGGCCUAUCAUUCUGGUAUUGGAGACUUCCCAUAUGCUGACAGCUGUUCCCACUUAUAUAAGAAUGGUAUUUUCUAUAAUAGCACCUACAGGCUUAGUUCAAGCGAUCCCUCAGUUCCCUUUACUGAGGCACAAUGUGGGUUUACCGACAUGACAGAAUGUCCUGCCAAUUGGUUAGGAUACAAUACUCUGUGUUACAGACUUGUGAAAAAUCAUGCAACAUUUUCCAGUGCUUUGGAACAUUGUGCAAAAAUGGAUUCAUAUCUGUUUAACCCCGUUGAAGAAACUUCGAAACAAUUUGUCAGAAAUUUCAUUAACACAUCGGGGCUGCUUACCGACACUGUCUGGUGGAGUGGAAUAACGCCCGUUUUCUUUAACACCUCGUACAUUUCAUCGCAUGGAAUAUUGGCGGCAGUUGACCAACUCCUGAAUGAGAAUAGGCCUAUCACACACUCCGUAUUUCAUACGGAUACUUCGGUUUUGAGUGCAAACACUCACGACAAGCUACCGUUUAUGUGCCAAACAGACAAAGAUUUCCUUGGCUGCUAUAAAAUCACAGAUGUCCCAGACGCGCAUUAUGAAGAUUUUUCAGGCAACUCCCUGACACAAUGUUUGUAUUGGUGUAAGGGUCAAAGUUAUAACUUUGCUGCUGCCCACUCUCACAAUUGUAUGUGUUUCCUUGACUACCCGGCUAUGUCUGAGGAAUAUGGCAAAUGCAAUAUUGUAUGUGACGUUGGGAAAUCCCAGAUUUGCGGAGGUGGACAUGCUAAUGAUACGGUGUACCAUUCCGUUUUGAACAUCACAAAUGUAGUUGGUACGAUCGGGUCCUGCCAGCAUUUGUUUAACCAUGGCAUUUAUAAACCUGGACAAUACAAAAUCAGAUUCAGUGAUUUGAAUCCCGGAGUUCAAGUGAACUGCUUUGUAAACCCUGAUCCGUUAGAUUAUGUAGAUCCUGAAAUCAAAUCUGUGUCAGCAUCAUCAACACUAGAUGGUCACAAUGUAAAGGACAUGACUUUGAUAUUCCCCUUCACAAGUGCUUGGAAGCCAAACAAUGACGGUGAAAGUGAAUAUGUCAAAAUAAUCUUAACAGAAGAACACAUAAUUACCGGCAUAGCAGUAUCAGGUCUUCACACACAGAGUGAACAUUCGUAUCUGAAAUCGUACACUACAGAGUACCGUGAUCUUCUAACUGGAGUCCUUGAGAUGUAUUCAUAUAAUGGAAGUACAGAGGUAUCCAGCCCUUGUAGGGCGAACAACGUACUUUGUUUCCGAUUCUUCACAGAGCCAAUAGUGACCAAUGAAAUAUGGUUAUUUCCCAAGAGCUGGCAUAACUCUGUCUCUCUACAAGUUCAACUGUUGGGUCAACUUUACACGGAGUUCAAUCAUUCAGAGACGUAUAUAGGUUGUGCUGCAGACCCACUCUUAACGUUUACAAACAUUGGGCAUGUGUCGAACAUUGAAGAAUGUAUAAUAUUAUGUCGUGGAAGCCUUGUCCCGUUCGCAAGUGUUGAUAAUUCUGGCGAUUGUUUUUGUGGAUCUGGUGAUUUUGACUAUGGGUUUGUAGAUGACUCGUUCUGUCCUCUUACUACAAGCGGUGUUUAUCAUACUGGCACCGAUAUAUACAGAGCAAUACAUAGGACAUUCUACAAGCACUGCGGACAGCCAAACUAUGAAGCAGUUCUUCACGGAAAUAUUACCUCAAUUAACUCAACUACUAACACACCAUACGUAUAUACAUAUAAGACAACUCUGGUAUACAGUUGUGACGUGGGGUACGAACUGCCAGAUGGAACGCAAGAACAACAAUCAUAUUGUUUACAGUCAAACAACUGGAGCAAAUUGACAGAAAACUGUUCAGUUGUAUCUUGUCCUUCGUUUGCGGUCGACAAUGGUAUAGUCAACUUUACGUCACUGGAGUAUGAAGGAUCAGCUACAGUCACAUGUAACCAUGGUUUCUGGACGACCAACGGUAUGACACAAAUGACAGUGCAUUGUACUCAUAACAAGCAGUGGUCCGCGAUCCCAGAUUGCUCAGUCGAUAACCUCCGCCACAAGCAGCGUCAGUUUACAGUUGUACCAGGAACAGUUCGGGAUAAGUCAGCUGCGGUAGAUGAGAUAGAGGUGCGCAGUAGGUUGGACUGCGCAGUCAGAUGUACAGAAGCAUACUAUUGCACGGCAACCAACUUCAAGAGUAACGGCGAAGGUGCUGAUGGCGGCACUUGCAGGCUUUUUAACGAAGACUCGGAAACAGGCGACCUAUCUGAUGACCCAGACUGGAAUUACGUUAAAGUUUUCCCAUGACGAAAGUUAUACAAAUUAUAUACAACUUGCCGGACGUAGACACACUGUUUUCCUUAUUGCAUUUCAGUUGACAUGUAUGUAGCUAGAGGUCACUAAAUUGUUAACAUUGUGUAUGAGCAUGCUGUAUAAUGGUGUUUUCUUGUUAUUUUUGGAAGUAACAAGAAGUCUGUUUUGAUAGAUUUGUGGUUUUGUCUUUCAAUAUUGUUUUUUCGCUGGCAUGUAGGUGCUAAGCGAUCCUCGAAAUCAAGAUAAUAGUGCAUAUGAAGUAUGGUUUAGAGAUCACACGUGGUACAGCUUAUUUCAAUAUAAGUUGCUAUGAAACAUCAAAAACAUUUCAUCUAUGUGAUAGUAAUACAUCUAAAAGUACUGAAUACAGAACACUUUAUAAAUGAAUAAGUUUGAGUGUAGAGUCUGUUUAAAUUAAGGAAGAAGAAUCAUGUUCAAUUUAAUGUGCACUAUUUUACUACCAAACUACCACCCUCUUUAUGUAGAGUAGUUCAGUAGCUGCUGUAACAAACGAUAUAAAGGAAUAAAAUUGUCUAUUUUUA